CGCGCUUUUUUAUAUGCACGUGGGACUGUUCCAGCAUUUAAAUUAAGUUUUUAUUUUUAUCAGAAUUAUUGAAUUAAAGCCGUAGGACUAGCUAUUUCCUGAGAUGUCGUCAUCCUUUUUCCUCAAGCCAGGUGCCAAGGGCACUAAAAAGCGAAAGAAUCCCGCAGCAGCAACAACAAAAGGAAAACCUCUCAAAAAAGGCGGAAAAGUGGGAAAAUCAGCGCCUGUAGGAGCAGGACCAGUGCCAAAGAAGCAGCGCCGUCCCAAGGAGGAGGACGAGGAGAUAGCCAGCGACGAUGAGGAAUACAACAGCGAUCUGGGCGGCGAGGGCAACACAUUGGCCUUUUCCUCGGACGAGGGCGAGGAGGAGACUCCGCAGGACAAGCGCCUGCGAUUGGCCAAGCAGUAUCUGUCGGAGAUCGAGAGACAGGAGGCGGAUCGAGCCGAAGAUCGGGAGCUAGCCCAAAGCGUAGAGCAGCGCCUGCAGACGGAGUAUCUGGACAGCGUGGGCAAACUGCGCCGGAACAUCGCUGGCAGUCUGAAGACGUGCGAAUCGAACCGCAUCCUCAAGCACAAGCUGCACCACACGCCCAUCUGUGCUUUGGCACUCAGUCCAGAUGGCAAAUUCCUCUACACGGGAGCCAAAUCGCAGUUCCUCCUAAAAUGGUGCACGGAAACGGGGAAAGUGCUGGAGAAAUCCGAUGUUCUAUCGCACCGCGAGGAACCCGAAACGGGCAAAAAAAGGCGCUCCCAUGUCAUCGCCAUUUGCCUGUCCUCGGAUAUGAAGUACCUGGCUUUGGCAGAAGGUGGACCCCAUAUCCAAAUCUGGUGUCCGCAGACGAUGAAGCAUGUCAAGACUUUAAAAGGCCAUCGGGAUAGAGUGGCAGGUUUGGUUUUUCGCAAGGGAACACAUGAUUUGUACUCGGCGGCCAAAGAUCGAUCGGUUAAAAUCUGGUCUCUGGAUGAGAUGGCCUAUGUGGAGAGCUUAUUCGGUCAUCAAACAGGAGUGACCAGCAUUGAUGCCCUCAGUCGAGAGCGGGCUAUCACGGCAGGAGGUUCGGAUUGUUCCUUGCGCAUCUGGAAGAUUACAGAGGAGUCGCAGCUGAUCUACAACGGGCACAAAGACAGCAUUGAUUGCGUGAAGUACAUCAACGAUGAGCAUUUUGUGUCGGGUGGCAUGGAUGGGGCCAUCAGUUUGUGGAGCGCCUUAAAGAAGAAGCCCAUUUGCACGACCCAGCUGGCGCAUGGAGUGGGUGAUAAUGGCGUGGCCAACUGGAUAACAGCCAUUGCUGUGGUGGUCAACACGGAUUUAGUGGCAACAGGCUCCUGUGAUGGCAGCGUCCGGCUCUGGCAAACGAAUCCCAACGCGCGCAAGAUGCUCCUCAUCCAGAGCAUACCCAUCGCUGGUUUCAUCAACGGACUGACCUUCAAUGCCGAUGGCAGCAAGCUGUUUGUGGCCGCCGGUCAGGAGCACCGCCUGGGUCGCUGGUGGCGACUCAAGGAGGCAAGGAACCACGUAGUUAUGGUCGACGUUAAAUUACAAAGUGCGGCCAGCAGUUAGGUUAAGUUCUUAGAUUAAGUAAACUUGUAUAGUUCUUUUAACAAGAUACGUCAUGAAAAAAAUAUAAUUCAAAAAGAAA